GUUGCCAUGCCUGGCUAGCCCUGAAACCCAGGGGCCUUUAUGGCUGACCUAGGCUUGUCUGUCGCAUACUGUUGAAUAAUUUACUCAUUGACCCUGAAAUCCAUAGAUUGUCUUUAUCAUACAUAUAUUAUGACUCUCGUCAACAUUUUGAAUAUCUAAGAUUUUAGGAAGCAACAAUUGUCUCUCUUUUUCUUAUUUGGAUACAUGAUCAAGGGUAUAUAGGUGUACUUCCUUUUUUGAUAUACAUGUAUGUGUUGUAGAGCUGCCAGUUCACUCACGCAGCUUAGCUGAGCUAGCUGGCUGUGUUUACAGGAGCACUCACCCAUGUCGUCAUUGGGUGAGUCUGACAGCCAAUGCCUCGGCCUGCUCGCAUGCCUGCCUGCCCUCCCACGCACUUUUGUGUCAGCAGCAUUCAUAGGCACACUGGGCUGGCCGGGUAGAUAUGUGCCACUCAUUAGCCAAUACUCUUGAACCAACUCCUUGCUUGAACACACACACACACACACACACAUACACACCAGAGCUAGCCAGCCAGCACACAUGCUUGCUCGCAGACUAGCUGUGUCAGGUACUGCAAGCUAGUAUACCCUUGGUGAUGUUUACAUGACCUGCUAACAACACUUCCCGGAUUUGCAUGCAAGUUCACGCUGGAGCUGAGAUAGUGUUUCGUGUCGGUUUGGUUCCUGCUGGUGGGAAUUUUUUUAUUUCUCUGGAAUUGUCCAAGCGCACAACCCAGUUCUUUACCUACGCUACCAUCUUGGCAACUGGUCAUCCUGUAAAUAUUAGCCUCAUCACUACCAGGCAGCCAGCCAGUCAGACAAACCUCUUCUUAUCCACCAUGAUCACACCGGCCUAGCAGGCCUAGCCUAGCAGGAGACCCUGUCAUCAUGUAAACAUUGGAUUCUCAGCAUGAUGUAGCUCGUUAUCUCACUUCAUCUUCAACACCAAUGAUACACACAUGUAUGUGUAACAUCUUUUGUGCCUUAUAUUUACAAAGACUGGACAUAUUGUGGAGACUAUUGGAAAUAGUGAUUAGUUUGCUGGCAUUAUCUAGUGUCUUUCUUUUUGAGUGCUCAGGGACUCAUACCUAUGCAUGGAAGUUUUAUAUGGAAUACAGCCCCGAGGCCGAGGUCUGGAUGUGGCAGGUCCACCCCAGCCAGGCAACAAUAAUGGGCCACUGGGUGAUGCUCCGACCAUAGCCUCAGGUCAGCCACGUUCCAGGAAGGGUAGACCUAAGGUGACUGGAGCACCAGGUCAUCGCUACCAGCAGCCGUGUCCCACAUGUGGCAAGGUCUUUGGUAGCUCCAGUGCCCUGGCCAAGCACAAACUCAUCCACAGCAAUGAACGCAGGCAUAAGUGUAUCCUAUGUGCCAAGAGUUUCAAGCGACAGGAUCACUUAACUGGUCAUAUGUUGACGCAUCGCAGCAAGAAGCCUUACGAGUGUGCAGUGGAUAACUGUGGCAAGUCAUACUGUGACAUUCGCUCUCUGCGAAGGCAUUUUGAGUCCCAGCAUCCAGGCCUUGUAAUGGAAGACAACAUGAACUACACUGGUGAUGAGAAGGAUCCAGAACUAAUGGCAGCAGAAGCAGCUGCAGUACAGGCCAACAGACAUAGCCAAGUCAUGAUGAGAGGAUCUCCAGGGGCUGACUUCUCGCUAGGAUUGGGGAAUCCCCAAGAUCUCAAUCAGUCAGGCUCCAGCCAGGAUGCCAAUGACAGUCCUGGUUCCAGCUCUAGUGCAGCGCUACAGUCCCUUGCCCUUGCUGCACAGAGGGUACAGAACACACCGGAUCCUUCCCCGAGUCAGGGUCAACUCUCCUCCCAAGACAUGUCUACCAUUUACCGUCUGGACUCGUACACCACACAGAUGUUUGGUGGUAACCUUCCUGGUAUGGCUCCAUCUGUCCUGACUGGAGGAGUCCCUGGAGGAAUGUCCACCUCCAUCCCUGUAGGUGGACCAAGAGAACUGUCCAUUCAAGUGCCCAACCCUAAAUUCCAGGGUUUGAGUCUCUCAUCAGGAGGGGUUGGAAUGAGUGGAAAUGGUAUGAGUGGGAAUGGUAUGCUCUCCCAUCAGUCUCCUGGUUCAAACAGGUACUCCAGCCAGCCCGGUCCGGAUCUCGGUAUAAGUCCUAAGAGCUCUUCAAAAAACAGCCAUAGAACACAUGAGAAAGAAAGAAUAACGGUGGAAUGCACAGUAUGCAAAAGAACUUUUAAAAGUAUGCCAGCCUUAAAUGGACAUAUGAGACUUCAUGGAGGUUAUAACAAUGCACGAGCAGAGGGAUCACAGAAGGUUUCACCUUCCAAAUCAGAAGAGAAGCCCCCACUGCCAACCGCACCGAGUCUUGGUCAGGCCAGGUCACUGGCUCAUCCGUCUAAUAUGAAUCCUACAUUGAACACACAUGCACAGCUUUCCCAAGUACAGAGUUCACAGGCAAUGGGACAACAUAGACCUUUAAGAAUGGUUGGACAAUCUGUUACCCCUCCUCCUCCUACAAUGCACCUGUCAUCCGUGUACACAAAUACGACUACCUCACAUGUGCCUUCAUGGCCUGACUACAGGCAUCAAAGACCGCACACCGUCAUGAGCGGUGGUAAACCUGCAUACCUGCCCAACCUUCCUAAUCUCCCGUUGAACAUGUUACAGGAUGAACUGACAACGUUAGCCCACACUGCUGUAGGGUUGGCAGCACAGUCACAAGCCUUGCAGAAGCCUCAAUUACAGAUGUCUCAGCCUCAUCUCCAACCACCUCAGCACCAUCCGUUACAUCACACCACUCCCCUUCCAAUGGAUCGCAUCCAACCGGUACACCCAUUUAAUUCCAGACUGCCCAUUGGAAGCAAACCUUUACAAAUGCAUAACAAUCAGGUCACACAAAUCAUCCCUAAAGAGGAACCCAUGCCAUACCCACCACCCACCUCUAUGGGGUCCCCCAGCCCUCCGCAUCUGGAAUAUAUGUACAAGAUUGCUCAAGAACAACAAUUCAAAGAGAUGCCGCCAACAGGGCAUUCUACCCCACCACAGCUUGAGUCUAAAGACGUGGACCGGUUGAAAGACAAUGUUUUCAGAGACCCACCUCCGGUGCAACCUACUGUAACAAAGAAGAAGCCACGGCCCCCAUCACUGUUCAUCCCAUCUUGGGCAAGCAACGUCACCCCUGGAGGAAUCGCUCCUUGCUCCUACCCUAGUCAGAUGAGGUCUCCCAGGGAGAUGGGUGUCUUCUACCGAAGCAACAGUAGCACCACUCCACCACCCUACACACCCCCUCCUAUGCUGAGUCCUAUACGGAGUGGCUCUGGAUUGUACUUCAGCGUUGGAAGCAGCAGUAUGCCUGCCUCUGCCUCAGCAGCAGCAGCAGUCACUCCCAAGUCUGCAUUCCCACCCAGUACUCCAAGCAUGCUUCAGAUGCACAGAAGGGGAAGCAUCAGCGCAAGCACUGAGGAAUCUGAUUUUGCCUUCCCUUCUGAACCACACAUCAAUGUUGGCGGCGAUUAUCAAGCAGCAGUUCCUGAGCUUGUAAAGAACAAAGAAGAGGUAUUGGAAGCAGCAGAUUGGAGAGAAGGAAAGCUAGUUUGGGAUCCUGCAAUAGAAAAGGGGUACUCUGAAGGAGAAUUGACAAGUUUCCUGAAGUUAGCCACUACACCAGGCCUACCUGCAGGGGCCAGGAACAUUGAGUAUGCCCAUCACUGCCUCUAUAGAGCCAAGGGAGACAUCGAGAUGGCAUUACUGAUGCUAUUGAAUGGGAAUGCUAUGGUCCCAGAUGAGUUUGUGCACAUGGCUGACUACAAAUAUGACUUUUCACAUGAAUGGACGGUUGCAGAAAGAAAGCUCUACCGAGACAUGUACAAGACCAAGGGAAAGGACUUCCAUGAAAUAGCAAAAGGGAUCCCGUCCAAGACUGUCAGAGACUGUGUAGAGUACUACUACUUGUGGAAGAAGCUAUAUCCGUAUAAUCAUGACAUGCAGAAAUACUGCCAUCAUAGUGGAGCAAACCCCAGUGAAGAGAAUCGCAAGAAUGAGUGUGACCUAUACCCCGGUGAGACUUUCCUAGAUUACGUGCCUCUCAAAGAGUACAGGCAUGAUAAGUACUAUAGGGGAGGGACUUCUAAUCCCAAGAACAAUAAUAGUGUGAAACCUUCCUCCACUAAUCAGGAGGACAAACCAGCUGCUCAGCAGGGAUCGUUUGUAUGCAACUAUCCACACUGUGAUGCCUCAUUCAAGUCACGGCAAGCUCUGAAUGGACAUAUACGGGUACACGGGGGCAGCUACAAACCCAACGCAGCUACAUCCAAUACAGCUACAUCCAAUGCUACUACCAACAUUCAGUCUAGAACAAACACAUCCUCGUCUGCCUCAUCAACAACAUCAUCCUCAUACCGAGGAGGGGGCGGGGUCGGUCAGAACACAAAGCAGAUGCCCCCGGAGUCAUCUUCAGAUGAAAUGUCAAAUGAAGAGGAAGACGAUGAUGAAGAUGAAGAGGAGAGUGAUGAGGGAUCAUCCAGAGAGCUUACGGAGAAUGACGAGGAUGGGAUGACCAGUGAGGAUGAUCACCAACCUCAUUUUCCAUGCAAGAUGUGCCACAAGACCUUUGACAAAAUCCAGAGCCGGAAUACCCACAUGAAGAAUCACCAUGCAGCUGACAAGAAGGUUGGGAUGGGGUUUGGUGGAGGCAAGGAGCAACAGAUGUUCAAUCACUACAUGGAACAUGAAAGCAGGAGUUGCUCUAGUAGUGAAGAAGAUGAUGAGGAGGAGGACGAUGAGGAGGAAGACAUGGAAGGUGAUGACGAUGGCCUGGAGGAUGAUGAGGGGAUGAUGUCGUCCGAGGAGGAAGAGGAUGAUGACAUGUCGAACUAAAGCUAUGCGAGCCUGAGAGUCGACGACGGUCAAGAUAGAAAAGGACUAUGUGUAGUGUCAGGCUGGAAGUGGAGAAGGAUAGUAGUGAAUGUGUGUGAAGAAAUAAACUCCAUGUCAUGAGGGAGGACUUGUGGUGUAGCAGCUGUAAACAUGACAAUACUCAGUGGACAAGAUGGGAGAGAUGCCUCAUAUUUUCACGUGUACUGGGCUUGAAAAGUUCUUCUGGAAGUGUUGAUAUGAUUGAGAUAGAUAUACUAUAUGAAAUGUAGAUUUCCUCUGUUUCUUUCACUCGUUGCAUGUUGGAACUCAUGAUGUUGAUCAGGAACAAUCGACUGUAGGAAGGAAAGUAAAGGGUGUCAUAUCUUAAGAGAAUGAACUCUUUAUAUUAUAUAUGAUUUUAUGUAGACAUCUUUAGAAAGAAAAAAACAUGAAAUAUCUAUUAUAUUAUAUAUUUCACUCUCUUUAUCAGAUGAUUUGCAAGAAAUAAAAUGUGUUUCUUCUGAUUUUUAAUGAAGAAAAAGGGAAAUGAAUUCUGUAGGGUAAUGAGAAUGGAAACACUGCUCCCAGUUUUGUAAAAUAGAUAUCAAGUAGAUCAGAGGGAGAUGGUAUGUAGAGUGAAUAAUGGAAUAGACCAAGACUUUGCCAAACUAGAUUUAAGUGCAAUGGAAUGAAAUAGGAACUUUGAUAAUUAAAUAAUGAUAAACUGGAAUAAGUAAGGUGAAAUAUAAAGAUCUUCUCCAAACUAGUAGUCAAAUAUAGCAUGCACUGAGAGGUUCCGGUAGAAAUUAGGAACUCCAGGUGACAUCAACCUUGUUCUGGGCUACCCUUCAACCCUUCUGUUUAGUUCCAGUGUUGGACAUUUCUGGAUUUAAAAAGCUAGUUCUGAUGCUGUUACCAUGCCUAAAUUUGGAAGUCAAUUCAGUAAAGCAGCCCCCAUCUUUAACUCUUGCUUUUUGUCAAUUUUUAUUAAUUGAAAAGCAUUAAUAUUGAUGAACAGAUAAUAGAUGUUGCUAUUUCUGCACAAAAUCAACAAUUACCCCUGCAACAUUUGUAUGGUAACUCAAAAGAGUCAUACUUGAACAAAAAAAUUAAACCACAAAUUGCUUAUUUAAACUAAUCAUCAAGCAAUUCUGUGAAUGCCUAUGCUCUAGAAAUCCAUUUAGAAGUGAAACUGGCAUUAUCCAUUCUAGUCUCACAAGUCUUCUGUAUAAAUAUGGAUGAUCUUAUAUGACCAUUGAGAUGUCUUACAGUAUUCUGAUACACAUUUCAGUAUUAUGCCCUUUCAGGGAGAUUGAUUAAAAAAGGAUUCUCUCAGAUCAGAUGAAAAGUUAAAUGUUUGACUCACUGUAUUGUCUUAACAUAGUAAACUGUAUGUAACCAGGACAGUCCUUUGUAAAAUUUGGCUUUAGGCAAACAUGGUCUAUUUAAAUUCUUACAUAAGGGGAUAGCAUCUUGAUAAAUAAAAUAGAGUGCUCCUUUACGCUCAUACUCCUUUACGCUCAUACUCCUUUAUGUGUUGAAAUGAGAGUAGAAAUGAAGGACCAGUCGAUCUAUUAUAAAGAGAGGUCUGAUGUGCACUUACAAGGAUAAUAUUGGAUGUUAUACCAAAAGUGUAGUAUGCUGAAGUUGGUUGCUUGGACUUACAGGGUGAAGCCGGUCAGAAUAUUUGGGUGGGAAAUACUUCAAUUGGAUGAUUGCUUAAUUGUUACAUGGUAAUACAAUUAUUUUUGUAUGAAAUUGAAAUUAAUUGAAAUAGAGCAUUUUUACCUUAAGUUCUUAAGGACGUGAUAUUUUUUUGCUCAUUUCUCAACUAGUAUUAAUUUCUAUCAAAUUUGUUUAGCAGGCAUCCAGGUGUAUUUCACUUCCAUUUUUACAUUUCUUGAUAUUAAUUGUUGUCAAUUUUCAUUGUUGUCAACUUGACAUAAGAUUACAGUUUAACUUACAUAAAAACUGUAGGGAUUACUGCAAUUUGAUCAUGUAUAUCCAUGCAACCAGUCUUAACAAGUAGGAUACUAUUUGAUUUUGGUAUAACAUGCAUUUUCCACAGAUAUCAUGUCAAGAUAUCUUUGUCCUCGUAGUCAACAAGUUCAAGGUUCCUCAAAUUUUCAUGUCAAAGAGCAAGUGCCUGUUCGGAGCAAGAAAUAUCUAAGAUAAAGAAUACAAUAAUGAAGGAAGAAAUUGGACUUUGUUAGGGUGUUACAGAGAAGCACAAUUAUACAUUCAAAAGGCACAUUUUCUUGUUUGUAUGCACAUAACAAAAAUCAACACUUCCGCUGGCUCACAAAUACAAUGAAUUUACAUAAUAUUUCUAUAGCUUUCCUUUUUCUUUUCAUUUUGUUAUUUAUUUCUUAACUCAAGGUCUCAGAUUUCUUUUCAAACAUCUUUAUAACGUUUGGUGGUACCAGUAUACAUGUUUUUGAGAUUUGUUAGAUAUUACCUAGUUAUAACUGUCGGUGUCUUAUCUAAACUUUGUGUAGUUGUGUUUAUAAUUCACAGAACAUCUUCAAAUCAAAACCAUCAAUGGCAAUGUACUUACACUUUCUUUACUGAUGCUGAAAUGUUAUUUAAAUCAACAGAUGUAUUUUAGAAACUACGAUGGAAGACAAGUUUUGACUGAAUUGGCAGCAUCUUACAUUGGAUGAUUUCACAGAAGUGACUGCUAAUGAAUUGAUACUCAAAUAGUAAAACAAUCUGGUUUUUAAAUGCACUUUAAAGCUUAUUCUGUGUCAUGGGGAAAGACACAAUUCAAAAGUCUUGGAGAAUUGUUUAAAAAAUGUCUCCAUGUGAUCUCAGUUUGGGUAUGUUUGAGUGAAUUGCUAGAGAUUUAGUGAAGACCUACAAUAUUAUCUGAAUGUUGUUUAUUUGUUGGACUAUAAUGAUGAGUGUGAGUAAGGAAGCCAGGAACAGUCGUGAGAGUGUGAGUACCAGUGUUCUGAUGAUAUUCUAGUAUUAUAUCUGAAAUUCAUUUUGUUAUAUUAAUACAUGAUACAUACAUACCCUCUUACCUUUUAUUUUGAAUUGUCUUUACAUUUGACAUCAUGAUGAAGUUUAUAUUUUUUCUGUCUACAGAAGAAAGAGAGAAAGAGAAAAGAAUGUUAUUGAUUACUAAGGUUUAAAGUUUGGUACGUUUGAAGGUAUGGAUGUUACAAAUAGCAUCUAUUCUCAUCAUGUAAAGAGAUUGUUUCCUAAUGAAUUGUGAUGAAGGCAGGAUUGGAUGUGAUAUAAGAUAUGCUCAGGGAAGAUGGAUUAUAUGCAGUUUGGAGAAGAGUCAGUCAGGAAGGGUGGGUUUUGAUGAUUGUAAGUAAGGGAUAUCUAUAUAAAUACACAAACAUGUACGUAUCAAGUGGCUUCAGAUCAUAUUAACAACAUGUCAGUCAGCAAGAACAUUUAUUCUAGCUCUACAGAUGUGUGCACUUUUGCAGUUCAAAAUUUUCUAUAUAUAAAACAAAAACAAUUGGAAAGUGGCCUACGGAAGUUCUACAUUGUGAGUGUGUGUUAUCUUGUAUUACUGUUAAACCUUAUUUCAUGUAAAUUGUACAUAGAUAGUUUAUAGUUGAACUGAGGUGUGGAAUCGGAUUGACAUUGGUAAGUAAGGAAGCGAAAAAGAGAAAGUUUUUGGCUGACCAAUGUGUAGUAUUGUGCAAUAUUUAAAUGACCAAUUAAGUGUGUGGAUUACAUCGUUCUUAAUCUAUGAAGGAAAUUGGAUGGAGAGUGUAGAAUGUGAAUCUGUUCCUAUUCUUUUUUUAUUUUUACACAAUUUUGAAAUAUAUGAUCUGAGAUAUCAUUUAUGAUGGAAUGGCUUUUCUUAUUUUUCUAUUGAAAUAUGUGUUUGUGGAGAUUGACAAUAUUGUGCUUUUAGAAUCUACUGGAUAUUUCAUGUGCUUUAAGCUGUGUCUGUGUUGACUAUUAAGUACUAUAGUGUCAUAAUAUCAUUCACAGCACAGCUAAUGUUGGUAUGAGAAUAGCACAAUAUGUUCUUAUCAAUGUAAAAAUAGAAAAACAGAAGAAAAAUGCAAUCUUGUUUUGUCAAAAUUGUCUACAGAGUCUACACAGAGAAGAAAUUUUAAUGCUACAAGUAUAUUUUAUGAAAUUUUAUUGUAAGAAAGUGUCUUGAAAUAUUUUUCAGAAUUGACUGUAUAGGACUACAUGUAUGUGUAAUGUAUUAUGAUCAAUGUUAAUCUCACUUACGGUAAAUGAUUUUAUUCUACGUCCAUCAUACAUGCAUCAGCAAUUUCAGCAGAAAGAAAAGAGAAAAAUUCUAAAAUAUUCUAUUUUGCAUUUUAUAGAUACCGGUAUGGUAUCUGUGGACGGGAUAAAUCAUGGCCCUGUAACAUAAAUAGUCCAAAAGGAUUGCUUCUCCUCAAAUUAAUUUGAUCUCUUUCAAUCAACUGUAUCUUUACAAUCAAUGUGUAUGUUCCAGAGAGUCACAAUUCAUCAUAAUACCGGUAUACAAUCUGCUGUAGUAGCAAUGGAGAUACAAGAGAUAUUUACAAUUGAUUGUAAGUUGAGCUUCAUGUUACAGGGCAGGCCCGGAAUAGGGUAUGGAUGAUAUACAUAUUAAAAAGUAAAUAAACAUUCUUUUAAAUA